AUGGAAGAAGUAAUCAAGUUCUUUGAAACUCAUCACAAGGAUAAAUACAAAGUGUACAAUCUAUGUUCUGAGAGGUUGUAUGAUGCAUCAUUAUUGGAGGGAAAGGUGGCCAGUUUCCCAUUUGAUGACCAUAAUUGCCCUCCCAUACAACUCAUAAUAUCAUUUUGUCAUAGUGCAUACUCUUGGUUGAAGGAGGAUAUCGAGAAUGUUGUUGUUGUGCACUGUAAGGCUGGAAUGGCCAGGACAGGGUUGAUGAUUUCUAGUCUUCUAUUAUAUUUGAAGUUCUUUCCCACAGCUGAGGAGUCUAUUGACUACUACAACCAGAAAAGGUGUUUCGAUGGAAAAGGGCUUGUUCUUCCGAGUCAGAUU